AGAGAAUGUCGGAUCCAAAAGAGUACGCUGUCGGUUGGAUAUGUGCAUUGCCGACAGAGCACACCGCAGCAUGCCUGUUCCUUGAUCAAAAACACGACCAGCCAGAUCCAAAUCAGAUCGCAGCAGGCGACAACAACGCAUAUACACUUGGUGUGAUGGCGGGCCACAAAGUUGUCAUUGCGGUGCUGCCAUAUGGAGAGUACGGUACGACCACUUCGGCCACUGUGGCUACGAAUAUGCUUCGCAGCUUUGCAAAUAUCAGAGUUGGCUUGAUGGUCGGAAUUGGCGGUGGUGCGCCGACCUCCAGAAAUGAUAUUCGACUGGGCGACAUCGUUGUCAGUAGCCCAGAACACGGCAAAGGCGGCGUUUAUCAAUACGAUUAUCGGAAGAAGAUACAGGGUCACAAUUUCCUACCAACCGGCCAUCUAAAUCAACCUCCGUCAGCAGUCCUUACUGCAAUGGCUCUGCUCGUAAGCACUUAUGAGAUUGAAGGAAACCAGAUUGGCAAGACCGUGGAUGCCACUCUUGACGCUAAGCCCAGACUCAAGAAGAAGUAUGGUCGCCCCAGAACCGACAAUCUCUACAUGUCCAACUUCGUACAUCCCCAAGACGACGGAAGUCAAGGUUGCAGAGAGUUUUGCGAGACACAGCCAUCCAAUAUCAUACAGCGAUCUCCAAGAGNNGGAGAAGAUGAGGACGAUCCAGCUGUUCAUUUGGGUAUCAUCGCUUCUGGCAACUCACUGAUGAAAGACGCACAUAUGAGAGAUUCUCUGGCGAGGGAGGGGGUCUUGUGCUUCGAAAUGGAAGCAGCCGGGCUCAUGAAUCAUUUUCCAUGCCUCGUUAUUCGCGGCAUUUGUGACUACAGUGACUCGCACAAAAACAAAGAAUGGCAGGGGUAUGCUGCAAUGACCGCUGCUGCCUAUACUAAAGAUCUUCUCAAGGUCAUGGUGCCCAAGAGAGUAGAGAGUGAAACAAGACUCUCCACGGUCCUCGAAAGCCAAUAUGACAUCGAGAACACCUCUGAUGAAACACAGUUUACGACANAAACCACAUCCAUCCAAAGCAUCCUAGAGGAUUCUCAGCAGCAGCAANAAGCACAACACAUAAAACAAUGGCUGUCGCCCUCGAAUCCAUCGGUCAAUCUUGACAAGGCUCUGGAACGGCGUCAUCAGAAUACUUGUCGAUGGUUACAUGACAGCGACGAUUAUCGUUCCUGGCGAAGAGCGCCAAGCUCGUUCUUCUGGCUACAUGGCUUUUCUGGCUGUGGGAAGACCAUUCUUGCUUCAUCCAUCAUACAUCAACUACAAUCAGAGGAAUCAAAGGCUGUACUCGCGUUCUACUACUUCGAUGUCAACAGUGGAGACAGACGAGACGUAUCUCAAAUGCUGCGCUCUCUACUCUUCCAGCUUUGCUCGAAACAUUCGGCGGCAAGAGAAAUGUUACAGACGUUCUAUGUGCAAUGUGACAAAGGUACCAGGCAACCUACCACAAAGCAACUCUUCGGACAAUUUGCAAGUAUCCUGGGCCAAAUCGAUGAGGUUGCUGUCAUAGUUGACGGCCUCGAUGAGUGUGACUCUCCUAAUGAUGUUGUAUCAUGGCUCGAGGACCUGUUUCAGGCGAACCGCGAUAGCUUGCACCUAUUUGUGACAUCACGAAAACAAGGUGCAUUGAGCACAGCGAUCGACGAGUGGCCCAAACGAGACCAAACCCAUGCCAUUCGAGUCGAUGAGAUCAACCAAGACAUAGCCGAUUACAUCCACGCGAGAAUUUUCAGUAGCAAGGAAUUUGUGAAAUGGGAUACUCAGGAAGGUUUGCGGGAACAGCUAGACGAUCUGAAAGACUGUAUAAAUCGUCCACGAUUGGAAGCAGCUCUGCAAGCUCUUCCCACGACACUGCAAGAGAUCUAUGCACGAGUACUGGCCUCACUAAAAGGCAGCCAUUGCUACCAGGAAGCUUUGUUUAUGCUGCAAUACGUCCUUUGGUCAGGAACACCGCCAACUUUGUCAACAAUGAUCGACGCUAUCGCUGUUCGGCUGGAUGAGUCCCCUGGGUUCAAGCAGGAGAAUCGAUUGUUUGAUCUCAUGGACGUGGUAGUGCAAUGCUCGAGCUUGCUGACCAUCGUGGAUGUGCAUGAUCAUUACAGUGAAUGGCAGGAGAUCCAUCUCGCACACUCUUCGGUUAAAGAAUAUCUCACAUCUCAGCAAUUGGUACGCCCUUUCGACCAGCUUUUGUCAGAGGUUUACGCCAGAGCGACUAUCGCGAAAACCUGCAUUAGGUAUAGCAUUGAUGUGGCUGAUCUUCAAUUCAAAUUCAAGGAGGAUAUCCAUAGGUCAACGCAGCACCUGGAUGGUUCAACACCACGUCUAUAUGGAUCAUUGGAAAAUCAAGACGGACCAACGGAGCUUACGUUCGAAUUGACAGAGCUUCCGAAUAGAUCAGAAUUUCCAUUCAUACGCUCUGCUACCCUUUGGAUGGAGCAUGCCAGAUACGACUUGUCCUGCAACUCUAUCGGA